UGGUCAGUGUUCGGUGGGCGUGAUCUGUGUUCGGUGGGCGUGGUCAGUAGGCGAGGGUUGACGUCUCGCGCGCCGCCUCUCGAGCCGCGUCUGCAACGCUUUCUCGGGCAGCAGGCGGCAGCUCAAGAACCGCUCCUCUCUUCCACCGUAAGAGAGUAUCGUAGCAGCAGCAGCAGUAUCAGCAGCAGCAGCGACCAUGUCUAAGCCACUGACCGACCAGGAGAAGCGCAAGCAGAUCAGCGUGCGGGGCAUCGUGGGCGUGGAGAGCGUCGGCGAGCUGAAGAAGAGCUUCAACCGACACCUGCACUUCACCCUCGUCAAGGACCGAAACGUGUCGACCACCAGAGACUACUACUUCGCCCUGGCGCACGCCGUCCGCGACCACCUGGUGGGCAGGUGGAUCCGCACGCAGCAGUACUACUACGAGAAGGACCCAAAGCGUAUCUACUAUCUCUCCCUGGAAUUCUACAUGGGCCGCACACUCCAAAACACCAUGGUGAACCUGGGCGUGCAGAACAGCUGUGACGAGGCCAUGUACCAGCUGGGCCUGGACAUUGAGGAGCUGGAGGAGAUUGAGGAGGAUGCGGGGCUUGGCAACGGAGGCCUGGGCCGCCUCGCCGCUUGCUUCUUGGACUCUAUGGCCACACUGGGGCUGGCUGCCUAUGGGUACGGCAUCCGCUACGAGUUUGGCAUCUUCAACCAGAGGAUCUGCGAUGGCUGGCAGAGGGAGGAGGCGGACGACUGGCUGCGCUACGGCAACCCGUGGGAGAAGGCGCGCCCCGAGUACAUGCUGCCCGUCCAAUACUACGGCCACGUGGAACACACGGCCGAGGGCGCCAAGUGGGCCAACACGCAGCUGGUGCUGGCGCUACCCUAUGACACUCCCGUGCCCGGCUACAAGAACAACACCGUGAACACCAUGAGGCUGUGGUCCGCCAAGGCGCCCAAUGACUUCAACCUGCAGGAGUUCAACGUCGGUGAUUACAUUCAGGCCGUGUUGGACAGGAACUUGGCGGAGAACAUCUCACGUGUGCUUUACCCCAACGAUAACUUCUUCGAGGGCAAGGAGCUGCGCCUGAAGCAGGAGUACUUUGUGGUGGCCGCCACGCUGCAAGACAUCGUUCGCCGCUUCAAGGCGUCCAAAUUCGGCAGCCGAGAGGCCGUGCGUGUCGACUUCGCCACCUUCCCUGACAAGGUCGCCAUCCAGCUGAACGACACUCACCCAUCCCUCGCCAUCCCUGAGCUCAUGCGAAUCUUCGUUGACCUCGAGCACAUGCAGUGGGACGUGGCAUGGGACCUGGUCAAGCGUACGUGUGCCUACACCAACCACACGGUGCUGCCCGAGGCUCUGGAGCGCUGGCCCAUCGAUCUGUUGCAGACGCUGCUGCCCCGCCACCUGGAGAUCAUCUACGAGAUCAACCUCCGACACCUCAAUAAAAUCUCGGCUUUGUUCCCCGGAGACAUGGACCGCAUGCGCCGCAUGUCGCUCAUCGAGGAGGAGGGCACCAAGCGCGUGAACAUGGCGCACUUGUGCAUUGUGGGCUCGCACGCCGUCAACGGCGUCGCGCGCAUCCACUCUGACAUCAUCAAGGCCACAUGCUUCCGCGACUUCUACGAGAUUGAGCCCGAGAAGUUCCAGAAUAAAACCAAUGGCAUCACCCCCCGCCGCUGGCUGCUGCUCUGCAACCCAGGGCUGGCUGAUGUCAUUGCGGAGCGCAUCGGCGAUGACUUCAUCCGUGACCUGAACCUGCUGCACAAGCUGAAGGAUUUUGCCAAUGAUGAUGCCCUCAUCCGUGACAUUGCCAAGGUCAAGCAGGAAAACAAGAUCAAGUUUGCGGCGUACUACGAGAAGGAGCACGGCUUGAAACUGAACCCCGCGUCCAUGAUGGACAUCCAGGUGAAGCGCAUCCACGAGUACAAGCGCCAGCUGCUCAACUGCCUGCACGUCAUAACGCUCUACAACCGCAUCAAGAAGGACCCAAAGAAGCACUAUGCCCCAAGGACUGUGAUGAUCGGAGGAAAGGCCGCCCCCGGGUACCACAUGGCCAAGAUGAUCAUCCGUCUCAUCACCGCGGUGGGCGACGUUGUCAAUCAUGACCCAAAGGUGGGCGACCGCCUGAAGUUCAUCUUCCUGGAGAACUACCGCGUCUCGCUCGCCGAGAAAGUGAUCCCGGCGUCGGACCUGUCGGAGCAGAUCUCCACGGCCGGCACGGAGGCGUCUGGCACGGGCAACAUGAAGUUCAUGCUGAACGGCGCGCUCACCAUCGGCACCAUGGACGGCGCUAACGUGGAAAUGGCGGAGGAGGCCGGAGAGGAGAACCUCUUCAUCUUCGGCAUGCGUGUGCCCGACGUGGAGGCUAUGGACAAGACCGGCUACGACGCGCAGUAUUACUACGACAAGCUGCCCGAGCUGCGGCAAGUGAUCGACCAGCUGAGCAGCGGCUUCUUCUCACCCAAGCAGCCCGACCUCUUCAAGGACAUUGUCAACAUGCUCAUGCACCACGACAGGUUUAAGGUGUUUGCCGAUUACGAGUCGUACAUGGUGGCUCAAGAUAAAGUCAGUGCACUUUAUCAGAACCCGAAGGAGUGGACGAAGAAGGUGAUUCACAACAUCGCGGGCUCUGCCAAGUUCUCCAGCGACCGCACCAUCUCAGAGUACGCGCGCGAGAUCUGGGGCGUCGAGCCCACCUACAAGAAGAUCCCGGCACCAAAUGAGGUCCGCGAUAUCGACGCGGUGCCCAUCAAGGCCAAGAAGUAGCGCGGGAGGCAGUGCCGAGCUCCGCCUACCGCCACCCGAAGCUAAUGCCACCUCGCCCCUAUUGCAUGCCAGCCAGCCGGGUGGCGGCAAUGACAAAAAUAAAGGGAGCAGUUCCGCCGCUGGAAAUUGCCUCGUAUAAGUCGCGCCCCUGGCAAAUUUUCCAUCGCUAAGUUCAAAGUUAGAAUUUUGCCAACUUGGAUGAGUUGGUUCAUGAAAUAGGAAGACCCAGAGCAACUUUAGAGCUAAUGCCCCUUUUACAUUUCAUUUAUAACUAAUUUAAACACAAUACAAAUUUUGUGUUGACGAACAUGAAGGUUUAGCGUUGUUAUUUAAAUAUCGUGUAUUGACAUUUUAUUUCCCAACAGUGAGCACUGUAUGUUGAAAAUGCAGCUGGAUAGACAGAAAAGAUGCUCGGCUGAGAAAAAGUGACCUGGUAAUGGUGAGAAAAUGAUUGUGCCGUUUUAUUCUGGCGAUUGGUGCUUGCAAACAAUGUACACGCCAGGGGAAACAACUUUCCGCACCAUCUUGGUGACCCUGAGCCAGUGGUGGGAAUUCCACAUUCCUGUGUCGGGAACCCUUUUCUCCAUUGCAUUACCACUGUUGACUUCCCAUAAAGUGGUAUUUCGUUUUCAUAUGAAAGGUUGAUGAUUGGCUAAUUCGACCCCGAACUGGAAAAGUUAUGAUUGAAUUGAACGCUGCUGUAAUGACAGUUGUAACCCCGCUGGAUAUUAGGCAGCUUUAAUAUUCUUCAGAGAGCUGAAUGAAUGCAUUGCCAUUCAUUGUUUUCAAAAUGUCUUGAAAUGUGUAGUACAUAAAGACUCAACUGACAUUUCUAAUGUGGCAUAAUCACCACCUAAAGGCAGUAUGUGCUGAGUUCAGAAAACCCAGUCAGGGAAUUAUCUUUAAAGCUGUUACAAAACACGUUUUGAUAUGCAGGCAUUAUUUACCCAUACACACCUGUUGUCCUUACAUUUCAGGCUGUGCAGUAUACAUUGUUUGCUUAAUAUCUGUACAUUUCUAUCACCAUCGGUCUCUUUCCAUCUCUAGCUUGGAUCUUCUGCUAAUUAGUAUGGUUAUGCUGUGUUACAGUUGAAAUAACUGUAGGUUUUUUUCUGUUGCAUAUCUGUUCCAUAUUUUAUUUCAUCGAGCAAGACGCAUCCCCAAGUGCUGUGUGUACAUUCUGUUACAGAUGAUUAGCAAAGGCCCUGGCUGUAAAGUGGUCAGCAAAUAAAUGACUAAAGAAACUAUAUAAGCAAAAAAUAAAGGUUAUCCUGACAAAGUGCAAAA